UUCAGAGUUUCGGGGAGAACGAGAGAGAAGACGGGCGGCGAUAUGGCGCUGACAAUGACUGGCCAUUAUCUCAGGAAUAACCCAAAUCAGCCGGGUCUGAAUGUUAGAGUCAUAUUCAUGCUGUCUUUCGUGUCAGGGGUGGCAUAUGGCAGUCAGGUUGUCGUCCCCCCCAAGAUAAAUGCAGUGUUGGGCAAGAACGUCACCCUCAGCUGUAGGGUGCAGGUGGAUACCAACCUCAGCCUAACCCAGAGCUCCUGGGAGAGGAAGCUGCCCACUGGCUGGGUGACAAUGGCUGUGUACAACCCCAUGUUCGGCAUCUCCAUUCCUCCAGAAUAUGAGCGCCGCCUGUCCUUCCGCUCGCCCUCUGCACACGACGCCACCAUUGUGCUGGAAGACGUGGGUUUCGCUGACAUCGGCGUGUACACCUGCAAGGUGGCCACCUUUCCGCUGGGUAACACGCAAGCCUCCACCACCAUCAGUGUGCUAGUGGAACCAAAGGUGUAUGUCUCAGCUGGAUCUACCGCUCUGAUCGAUGGCGGAAAUGAAACAACGGUGGCCACCUGCAUUUCGGAGAGGGCUCGGCCUCCUGCCGACGUCUCCUGGGAGACGAAUCUGUACGGUACUUCCGAGGCCCACAUGCAGGACGACGCCAAUGGCACCACUACGACCCGGGUGCACUACACCUGGAAGCCCACCCGUCACACCCAGGGUAACACGCUAACAUGCGUGGUAAAACAUCCUGCCCUGCAGAGCGACUUCAGGAUCCCCUACAUUGUCAACGUGCAGUUUGCUCCAGAUGUCCUGGUGCUGGGCUAUGACGGUGACUGGUAUGUGGGCAGGGAGAAUGUACAACUGAAGUGUCAUGCCAAAGCCAACCCGCCUGCCCAGCACUUCAGAUGGAUCAGGUUGGAUGGGGAGAUACCAGAUGGAGCAGAGGUGUUGAAUAGCUCUUUGGUGUUUAUGAGGCCCCUGAAAAAGAACGACUCUGGGGUUUACAGGUGUGAGGUGGCAAACGACAUUGGACUACACAGUCGGGACAUUAGUAUACGUGUUCAGGAUCCUCCCUCCACCACCACCAUGCCCCCCACCACCCCUGUGCGCAUCCUAACUGCCGACAUCUCUGCCACUACGCCUGGCAAUAAGCAGCGAGCGCUCAUCACCUCUCCAACCCUGGCACCCCUGCCGGAGGGGAGCCUGGGCACCAUUGUGGGUGGGGCAGUGGGCGGAGCCCUUUUCCUCCUGUUGCUGCUCAUUCUGGGUGGAGUUUAUUACCAGCACCAGCGUCAGACAUUCCGUGGUGACUACUAUACAAAACAGUACCACGGACCGUCUGAUAUGCAGAAGGCUCCUCAACCCCACGAGCUUCAGCAAGUCUACAGCAAGGGCAGCCCUGAUACUAAGCUCAAGUCCAACCAGGAUAAUGGCACAAUUUACCCUGACAAGGACAGAGAAGAGUGGGGCGACUUUGACCAAGAGCGAUCACCCAACGGUCGCAGAGCUCUGAGAGAAACAGGUGCUCACCUCAACCACCAAAACCAUCACAACCAUGACCAUGGCUACCACAGCAACCAUCACCCCAAUCAUCCACAGAGUUAUAGUCCAGCCCAUCACAACCAGAGGAGCUCAAUACAGCCAGAGCCCCGCAGGUAUGCUGCUUCACAAGUCAUGAGCAAUAGCUCCCCCUACCUGCCGGAGGACUGCUACGACAACGACUAUGUGUCGCACACAGAUGGUUCAAUGAUUUCCCGCAGGGAGUGGUAUGUCUAACAAGAAUGAAAAAUCAGGGAGAGACUGCAUAGACAUUACGAAAUGCAUCAGACUGCAAAAUAACAAGGAUGAAAAGUUACGUUAAGAGAAUUUUUAGGAAAUGUACUCCUGCACCUUUUUCCGAGUAGUUUACACCUACCCCAAUUUGUGUGUUUGGGUUUUUUUUUUUGUACAUUAGCCUAAUUAUUAGUUAACUGUUAAUAGUUAGCUGAGUUAAUUGAUGUUUUGGGACCAAGAGAAAAUAUAAUUUCUUCAGUUGCUAGGAAGAUGAUGGUCAAUCAACAAGACAAAUGCUUUAUUUAACUAAUAAACCUGUACAGGUUUGAUUUCAGGUGCGAUUUCAGUUGAGUUGUCUUGCCAAAUCAAUAGCCAAUCUCCUCCUUUGCGCAGUAAAUUUGUACUGUGUUUAAUAAAAAGUAACGUCUAAAAAAGAAAAUGGUUAAUAUUGAACAAAUGAAAUUAAAAGUAUUCAUAUAACCUGUCGAUAAGUGUUACAGAUCACCGCCACUGUGAGUGUCUGUGUCAUGUAAACUUUCAGUCAUGCUGUCACUGGUGGAGGCAGAAAUUAGCUCCUGUCAACAGCCUGGUGGUUUCCAUGGCAACAUUUAAUUAUUUUCUACUGGCAUUCAGAGUUGGAGUGCUGUAGGGCGGAGCUAGACAGGAGGACAGUGCUGGAUUUGAUAAAGCCCAAUGGGAGUGAGAAAGACAGACAGGGUAAUUGCUGAAAAAAGACUGCUAUAAUUGUAUCAAUUCAGCUUCCAUUUGAAUACAAUUACUCACUGUAUUAGGUCUGGGUUGCUUUUGUUUCAUCGGAAUUGAACUGCGUGUUCAAGUCUGGGUCUGGUUGAAAAAUUAUUUGGAUACUCCCAAAAUACUGCCUUUGUUUUCCAGAUUAUAUAUAGCAUUCUUGGGUAGGUUGUCCUGUAUUAAUGUAACUGUCUGGCUUUGUUUUGUUAGAUCACUACUGCUCAGUGUUAAAGGGUUAGUUCACCCAAAAAUGACCCUAAUGUUGUUUCAAACCCAUGUGACUUUCUUCCGUGGUACACAAGAGUAAUUAUUUGGCAGAAUGUUGGGUACUGACAGCCUCAUUGCAUCAUUUCCAUAUAAUGAAAUUGAAAAGUAACUAAGGCUGUUAGUCCCUAACAUUCUGCCCAACAUCGCCUUUUGCAUUCCACUGAAGAAAAAAAAUCAUAUGGGUUUGAAACCACAUGAGGGUGAAUAAAUGAUGGCGUUCAGCAGCUGUCGAUCUGUCUAUUUGUGUGGUGCGCAUUACUUCACAAAUCAAGUUCUGUGCCUCUCUUGUGUUUCUGCGUGCAUACAUGCGUGUUCUGUGUGUUUUUCUGUGUUUGUAUGCACAUCGCAUGUAUAGUAAAUGCAAUUAGCUGGUGUUAACCAACAGUGUUUUGAUGAACUGUCUCAUUGCCCACUGGCAAUAGUGUUCCAAAGCAACGCCUUUUCAUUUUUCACACACUGACAAUUUAAUGCAGAGGACAAUAGCCUAACACAGCCAGUUAUUGGUCAUUAAAAGUAGUUUACUCCAAAAUGACAAUUCUGUCUCCAUUUAAUCACCCUCAUGUUGUUCCAAGCCCAUAUGACUUCCUACUAUGGAACAAAAAAGAUAUUAUGCAGAAUGUUUGCCACUGACCGGUUCAGUCCCUGUUCACUGUCAUUGUAUGGAAAUUUGUAUGUCAGUUCCUAACAUUCUACCUGUCAUCUCCUUUUUUGUUUCCCACAGAAGAAAGUCACAGUACAGGUUUGGAAGGACAUAAGUGUAGUUAAAUUAUGAAAAUCUUUAUUUUUGGGUGAACGCUUAAAGUUCUUGACCACUAAGAUGUGUUUGUUUGAUCAUAACAGGCUAGCAGAUGCCUAUGGUUGGGUUUAGAAAAAUGUAUCUGGAUACUGAAGAUGAUAUGUAGUGCCUUAAACUGAUUAUGUGUCCUGUAAGCAUUACAAUGAGCAUUCAGAAGUUAUGAAUGAAUGAAUGAAUAUCAUUUUCAGAAGAAGGAUGCGAGUAGUUCUGAAGUAUAAAAGUCAGGUUGGAUGAUCUGAGAAAUUGUACCUUUUUUUUUUUGUUUUUUUUUUUUUUGCUCAGAUUCUCAGACAAUGACAUUAUUUUGCUCGCAUAAUGACGUGUGACACUUGAGUCACAGUGCAUAUCAAAGAGUUAUGAAGUUAAGAGUAAAGCUGUUAAAUUUAAGUGUACAUGUUUGGACAAUGCAGAGGUGAAUAAAACAAAGUUUUAUGUGUAUAUAUGUUGGCAGUUGGGAGAGCCUUGUUUUGUAUGUUUACAAGUUUGUUUAAAUUAAUUUUUCCUAUCGAAAGCCUGAGAUUUGACUGUGGAAUGCACUAGAGAACCCCACCACUUAACAGAUUGUGAUGACGCUUUCUUUGAUCACUUUGUGUUUUUUGCUUCUCCAAAAAAUCUUGUUCACUUUUUUUUGGUAUUACAAAAAGCUACUGUUAAACAUUUUUUGAAAAUAAAAUGUAUUUGCAAAUUUGCGAUGUAUAGAUGAGCAUUAUUUUGUAAAAUCAACCUUUUGGGAUACAUUUGUUUUUAAAUAAA